CAUGCUAAUAAUAUCCCAGGCAGCCGACACGAGAAAGAGGGGUUCCGAGGGCUAUGGCGCAAGGUGAAGUCGCCAGAGCAGCCAGACGAGGGCGUCCCCUUCGACACCGACGAUGCGAUGUUCAACCCACCUGUGCCCAGCUUACACGAACCGCCAUUGACCGCGAAACACUCAGAAGACCCACGGCGGCCGUCGGUAUGCCAACUAGUCUUUGAUACGUGA